AUGGUUGGAGGGUCCAACGGCCCCCCUUUGCCUGGGCUGGAGGCCAAGUAUGUCCGGCCAGAUGGCACCGUUGCUGCGGUUAAUGAUGAGGGUGAGCUAUGGAUUCGGGGCCUAACAGUAUUUCAUGGUUACCGCGACGAGCCGGAUAUGAUAGCAGAAGGUUUAACAAACGACGGAUGGUUCAAGACUGGAGAUGUUGGGUAUGAAGACGCCCAGCGAAACCUCUUCAUCACUGAUCGCUCCAAGGAUAUGAUCAAAUUCAAGGGCUACUAA